AUGGCCGAGGUUGCCCUAGCUGGCUUACAGUUGGCGGCAUCGCCGGUUCUCAGGAAGCUCCUCGCUGAUGCUUCAUACCUUGGGGUGGACAUGGUGAGUGAACUCUCUGAACUGGAGACCACCAUCAUGCCGCAGUUUGAGCUGAUGAUUGAAGCAGCUGGCAAGGGCAACCACAGGGUCAAGUUGGACAAAUGGGUCCAGGAGCUCAAAGAAGCCUUCUACAAAGCUGAAGACUUGCUUGACAUGCGUGAGUACAACCUCCUCAAGCGCCAAGCAAAAAGCGGGAAGGAUCCUUCACCACCGCAUACCGCCUCGACCAGCACUUCCAGUCCUGCGACCAACUGGUUGUCCAAUAUGCGCUCCAAGAACUGGAAGCUACUUGGCCAACUGAAGGAACUGAAGGCAGUUCUGGCGAAAGGCAAGGAGUUGCGUCAGCUUCUUUGCUUACCAGUUGGUAACUGUGCCGAGGGUUCCUCGGUACAAUCAAUCGUUGUUCCUCAGACCACAUCAUUACCACCUCCGGAAGUCAUCGGCCGUGACAAGGAUCGUGAUCAUAUAAUAAACCUUCUUACCAAGCCAGUUGGUGUUGAGGCUAAUUCAGCUAUAUAUUCGGGUUUGGGCAUUGUUGGAGCAGGAGGCAUGGGAAAAUCCACCUUGGCACAGUAUGUUUACAGUGACAGGACGGUUCAACAAUAUUUUGAUGUCAGGAUGUGGGUGUGCAUCUCACGCAGACUUGACGUCCAUCGUCAUACGCGGGAGCUAAUUGAAUCCGCAGCUAAGAUGGAGUGCCCGCGUUUUGAUAAUCUGGACACUCUCCAGUGCCGAUUGAGGGACAUACUGCAAAAAUCAGAGAAAUUCCUGCUUGUGUUGGAUGAUGUAUGGUUUGAUGAUUCGAGUAGUCAGAGGGAAUGGGACCAACUGUUAGCUCCUCUAGUUUCUCAGCACAAGGGAAGCAAAGUCUUGGUAACUUCUCGACGGGAUAUAUUUCCUGCUGCUCUUUGCUGUAAAAUGGUGCUCCGUUUGGGAAGCAUGGAAGAUACUCAGUUCUUGGCACUCUUCAAAUAUUAUGCCUUCACUGGAGCAGAAAUCGGAGACCCUUCGUUGCUUGGAAGGCUAGAAGCGAUUGCAGAGAAGAUAGCUAAAAAGCUUGGACAAUCUCCUUUGGCUGCGAAAGUUGUGGGUUCCCAGUUGAAAGGGGAAAUGAAUAUCUCUGCCUGGAAAGAUGCUCUAACUUUAAAGAUUGACAACUUAACCGAGCCCAGAACAGCCCUGUUGUGGAGUUAUCAGAAGUUAGAUCCACGUCUGCAGAGGUGCUUUCUAUAUUGCAGUUUAUUUCCAAAAGGCCACAAGUAUAACAUUGAUGAGUUGGUUCACCUGCUGAUAGCGGAGAGACUUGUUGAUCCUGAUCCACACAACCAGAACAGGAGAAUGUUAGAUGUUGGAAAGGAUUAUCUCACUGAGAUGGUUUCUGGAUCUUUCUUACAACCAUUUUCUGAAAGAUUUAUGGAUACAUGCUACAUUAUACAUGAUCUUCUUCAUGAUUUGGCUGAGUCGCUCUCUAAAGAAGACAUCUUUAGAUUAGAAGAUGAUAAGGUGACAGCAAUACCAUGUACCGUUCGACAUCUAUCUGUUCGUGUUGAAAGUAUGAAACAACAUAAGUACAGUAUCUGCAAGCUACAUAAUUUGCGCACCGUUAUCUGCAUUGAUCCGCUUACAGAUGAUGUGAGUGAUAUUUUUCAUCACGUUUUGAAAAUUUUGAAGAAGCUGCGAGUACUCUAUUUGUGCUUUUACAAUAGUAGCAGGCUACCUGAAUCUGUUGGUGAGUUGAAGCACCUUCGGUAUUUAAACGUCAUUAGAACUUCCAUUGCCGGAUUGCCUGAAUCAUUAUGUGCUCUUUACCACUUACAAUUACUUCAGUUCAGUGAUAAAGUUAAGAGUUUGCCUGCCAAACUCUGCAAUUUAAGCAAGUUACAACAUCUUGAGGGGUAUCGUGAGUUAUAUAAGUUGUUUGAAGUAGCUCUGCCUCAAAUCCCUUAUAUAAGCAACAUAACUUUGCUCCAACAUGUUAAACGAUUUUGUGUGCAAAAGCAAAAGGGGUGUGAGUUGCGUCAGCUCAGAGACAUGAAAGAGCUUGGUGGCAGUUUAAGCAUUAGAAGUCUGGAGAAUGUCACCGGAAAGGAUGAAGCCUCAGAAUCGAAGCUAUAUCAGAAACGUCAUCUUGGAAGUUUGUGCCUUGUUUGGAGUUGCAAUGAUGGCAUGAAUGCAGAGGGUCUUUUACAGUUGGAGAUUCUAGAAGGUUUGAGGCCACCGCCUCAACUGAAGGGCCUGAAAAUCAAGGGUUACAAAUCUUCCGUGUAUCCAAGUUGGUUACUUGAGGGUUCUUAUUUUGAGAAUUUGGAAUCUUUUAAGCUUGUUAAUUGCAGUGAUUUAGAAAGCCUACCACUCAAUACGGAGCUAUUUAGGCAUUGCUCUGAACUUCUGCUAAGGAAUGUCCCAACUCUGAAAAAAUUAUCUGGUCUUCCAGCAGCCCUUACACACUUAUCGAUUCGCAGUUGCCCAAUGCUCAUGUUUAUUACGAAUGAUGAACUAGAACAGCAUGAUCAGAGGGAGAACAUCAUGAGAACAGACUACUUGGCAUCACAACUUGCUUCAAUAUGGGAAGUGGAUUUUGGAAAGGAAAUUAGGCAAGUAAUCUCAUCAGAACACUCUUCUAUGAAGCAUUUGAUUACAUUGAUGGGUGCUGAUAUGUCACAUCUUCAAACCCUUGAAAGUGUUCUAGAAAUAGAUGAACUAUUUGUGAAAGAAGAUAUCAUCAAUGCAUGGAUAUGUUGCCAUGAGAAGAGGACAAGACUCGUUUAUGGAAGGAGCAUCGGGCUGCCUCUGGUUCCACCUUCCGGCCUUUGUAAACUUCAUCUUUCUUCCUGCAGUAUUACUGAUGGGGCAUUAGCUGUAUGCCUUAGUGGUCUUACUUCACUGAGAUCUUUGUCCUUACUGGAGAUCAUGACUUUAACUGCACUUCCGUCUCAAGAUGUCCUCCAACAUUUGACAAAGCUUGACCACUUGUUUAUCAAACAUUGCUGGUGUCUCAGGUCAUUAGGGGGUUUACGAGCUGCUACCUCUCUUUCAGAUGUUAGAUUGCUUUCCUGCCCUUCUUUAGACUUGGCACGUGGAUCAGAUUUAAUUCCAUUAUCUGUUGAGAAGCUCUGUACAUAUGGGUGCGUGGUUGCUGCUUGUUUCUUCAGUAGUGACUUGCCGCACCUGAUAAGUCUUUCCAUGUAUGGCUGCAGAAGCUCUGUAUCUUUGUCGAUUGCUCAUCUGACCUGCCUUGAAUCAUUAUCACUAGGAGGUAUCCCUGAUCUGUGCUUUCUUGAAGGCUUGUCUUCUCUGCAACUUCAGCACGUACAUUUGAUAGAUGUCCCUAAGCUAACUGCAGAGUGCAUCGCACAGUUUAGGGUCCAGAAAUCACUCUAUGUUAGCAGCCCUGUGAUACUCAACCACAUGCUCUCGUCAGAAGGUUUUACAGUUCCACCAUUUCUCUCUCUUGAAGGAUGCAAGGAGCCAUUUAUGUCAUUUGAAGAAUCUGCAAAUUUCACAUCUGUCAAGCGCCUGAGAUUAUGUGAGUGUGAAAUGAGGUCCCUGCCAGGAAAUCUGAAGUGCUUCUCGAGUCUGACGGCACUCGAUAUCUAUGAUUGCCCCAACAUAUCAUCUUUACCAGAUCUGCCAUCCUCCCUCCAACAUAUAUGUGUUUGGAAUUGUGAGCGCUUGCAGGAGAGCUGCCAAGCACCUGAUGGAGAAAGCUGGCCAAAGAUCGCGCAUAUCCGCUGGAAGGAAUUCAGAUGAACUGUGAUUCACAUUCACAACUACAAAGAAUUGGGAAGGAGCAUGCUCUUACAGCCCGUGACCUUGUCUCCACUGCCUGUCAAGAGUUGGGAGUCCCUCAAGCUCACUUUUACUUCAACUGUCUGCAUGCAUCGCUCUUCUACACUCAACCGCUCCACCAAAUGUGUUGUGAUGCGUGUGUCUAAAUUUGAAUAUUUUAUAUAGAUGUUAUUAUUUUGUUAUCCUCUGUGGAAUAGAUGCUUUGAUGGUGCCGGUUGUAAUUGUUAUCUGUUGUGUGCUGAGAUAGUGAGAUGUACUUUGAGAUCCCAUGUACGGAGUACUCCUGAAUGGCUAAGGUCCAUAAUUGCAUAUAAUAUGUACUAGCUGAUCUUC